UUUGAAUUCAGUUCCUCUUUCUUUAAAUGACACAGAAGGGACCACGUAGGGCAGACCAGAUGAGCCUGGAAACAGAUCAGAAGGGAAAAUGAAACCGAAGAAAUGUUCUAUCGGCAAAGUAGAGUUUCAGUUUCCAGAGUUGUUUGUCUCUGGAUCCGCCCCUUGUGUUAUGCUAAGCUGGUUCGGGCAUAUAAAAAGGAGCCAGUCAUAGCUGUCACAGAGGGAGUGACGGAGCUGGGAGAGAGAAAGCAUCCCUGAAAGCCUGAGCUGAGCCUGAGCAAACCUACCUUGUCCAAGACCUGCAGCCAUGAGCCUGUCUCUGAAGGUGAAGAUGAUCACUGGAAAGGAAUACACAGUGAAGGCAGAAAGCCACAUCACUGUCAUGGAGCUGAAGAAACGGAUUGCUCAGCAGACCAGCCUGCCGGCAUUGGUACAUCGGCUGGCCACCAAAGACGGGGAGCUGCUGUUAAAUGGGAAACUCCUCUCCCAGCACAAGUUGAAGACUGGAGAUGAGCUGCUGCUGGUGGUAGAGCAAGACCAGUCCAUGGACAUCCUGGUGCGGAAGGAUACCCACAGCAACUCCUACCACAUCCGACUGAGCCAGACUGUGGCCGAGCUCAAGAAGAUGGUGCAGGAGAGGGAGCUGAUCAGUGUGAACCAGUUCUGGCUGCACUUCGAGGGGAAGCCCAUGGAAGACAGUGACCAGUUGGGAGACUAUGACCUCAGCCCGCUGUGCACCAUCCAGAUGAACCUGCGACUUCGUGGAGGGGUUGGAGGGAAAGGAUGCUAGGGAGCCCCUGGUUUGGAAGAGAAUGUAUAUGUGUACUGGGGGGGGCCUUGUCAUUCUCUGGGCUCUUUGACUUUGGCUCUUGGGUUGGGUUGGGAUGAUAAAGGGUUGGGGCUUGAGAUUUGGGUUGAUGCUCCCCUAUUGACCUGCCCUUCCCCACUCCCCUGGGUCUUGACUUCUCUGCUAGGUCCUGACCCUUGCCCUGGCAAGCUCCCUGCCUUAAUUAUCUGGAUCCAGCUGUCAAUAAUGAAUGUCAAUAAAGGAGCAAACCUGUCUCUUGUA